ACUCGCUAUCGUUUUGUUUUAUUAUUUGCCGCAUAUACUUAUUCAUUUCUCACGAUGAAUAGUCCUGAUGAUAAACCAUCUACGUACGUGGUUAGUGCCGUAGAGCUAGCCUCCCCACCUUUUUGGGAGAAUGACCCGUUGUUAUGGUUUGCACAUUUAGAAUCCACUUUUUACAAUUGUAAAAUUUCAUCUGAUAAUUCUAAAUAUCAUCAGCUUAUGUCCCGGCUUCCGCAAAGCGUAUCCUCCCAGGUGAGGGACAUCAUAGCUUGCCCGCCCCCCGAUGCGAAAUACGAUACUUUAAAGCAGGCGAUCAUUCAGCGAAUCACGCCCUCUGACAAGGUCCGACUUCAGCAACUGUUUAGGGAUCUGCAGCUAGGGGACAGGAUGCCUUCAGCCUUGUUACGACAGAUGCAACAGCUCCUAGGCACAUCCAGCAUGGAUGAAGGUAUUCUCCGCGAAAUGUGGAUGCAACGUCUCCCAGAAAGCACACAAGCCAUCCUUGCGGUGGCAAGCGCCCUGCCUCUCACAGCAGUUGCGGAACUAGCAGAUCGUGUCAUGGAACGACAUCAGCCAGCGAACGAAUCUAGGACGUUCACUCGACUUAGCCCCGUCACAGCCCCGGCGACAUACGCGACUAGUGAGCCGUCGGCAAUCGACGCUUUAUCAUCGCAGAUAGCGUCAUUACAACGCCAAGUCGAGAAACUCACCCUAGAUCGUAAGCAGCGCAGCCGCUCUAACUCAUCAACUCGCCGCACGAAGCCUAACAAUUCAGGCUUUUGCUUUUACCACACGCGUUUUGGUAACAAAGCCCGCAAGUGCCAGCAGCCAUGCAGUUUCUCCGCCGCCAAGCAGGGAAACUUCCACGCCGGCCCGUAAUGGCGACUAACGGUGUCGGCAAAGCUCAAAGUCGUCUCAUCUACAUUAGGGAUUAUGGCUCCGAUACCCAGUUCUUAGUUGAUACCGGGGCGGAA